GUUGAACUCACCUCUCAACGUUGGUACAAACCUCCUUCUGUAAAAUGGAGAACCCACAACGCGAUUUUCCAGACGUGUUGACAACUCUCACUACCUCCCGUAACCCUGAUGAUUUGCGUGCGGCUGUGAACAAAUUCUACACGCACAACGCCUCUUUGCAACACCCUUUCAGGAUCGUAGAGCAUGGAGCAAACUCAAGCCAAAAAAUCUUGGGCAUGUACGAGUGGUAUCGCAUAAUUAGCCCCGAUACUACCAGUAAUGUGAAUUCAGUGUGUUACGACAAGAAAUCCCAUGUUCUUGUCGCUGAGGUAACUCAGCACUUUCAUGUGCGAAUUAGCCCCUUUAAGGCAGUCCCUUUUCGCUACAUUAUCCGCAUCAAGCUCCAGGAGCGAAAUAAGUUAUUCUAUAUCUAUGCCCAAGAAGAAUUCAUGCACCCCACGGACUUGAUGAAUUCAGUUCUGCCGCCUCUUACUCCGCUGGUCCGGCUCACACUUGUCUUUUUCACGUUUAUCGGUGUCAUGUCCUCGAAGGUGUGGGUCUUCAGCCUGCUCCUGUGGGCGAAGCUCUUCGGCAUAGGUAGCGACAUUCAGAGAGGCCAAGUGAAAUCGGGCUCGACGAGGUCGGUGCAACCUGAAGCCCGGGAGACGGUAGAUGGGGUGUUGAAGACUACGCAAUACGGACAGUCCAAAGGUAACGGAAACAAUUGAAUUCUGGCCCACUUCAGCUUUGGCUUCUCCAGUUCAUCGAUUCAUCAUCAUUCGCAGCUGUACUUUAUGCACUAGCAGGAUCAGGACACUGUACUUUUAUCACCAAUACUUAGAAGCUGUAUUUUCCGACG